AUGGGCAAUUUACUUAGUACACUUAGACCCAGGUGCCGUCGCCGGCCCCUGCCGGGCCCAGGGCGUGGCGCCCCCGCUCCUCGGGCCCGGGACGCCUCCCCGCCCGGCCGGGCUCACUCCGCGCCCGCCCCGCGCCCCUUCCGCGGCCUGUUCCGCCGGAAUGUCCGUCGCAGGCCUUCACCAGCCAGCGUCUUCGUCGCCCCUGAGAGGCGGUGUCCUCUCCCGAGGACUGCGGCCGCCCCGCUGGGCGUCCUGCCGGCUGCGGGCUGGGGUCCGGCCCCGAGGAGCACACUCGUGCUGCCUGCUCGGAACCCCGCGAGGUGCGGACACCCCGGCUCCGUGAGGAUCCCGCCUCCCAGCCGCGCGUUCAGCCUCCUGCUGCCUUCGCUACCUGAGCCGGCGGUCAGGGCCGGGAAGCCCAUCCCAGCCGCGCUCCCAGGGGAGACCGAGGUGCGGGCCCAAGAAGGGCCCGGAAGAGUGACGAAGGAUGAGGCUUCGGUGCAGCUCGAAGGGCAGGAUGGUGAGAGGAGGGCCCCCCUUAGCAGCGGUGAAGCGUCAUCCGCAUCCGGGUCACAGGGCACCCGGGGAGACCUUGGCCCCUGCGGAUGCAGCCCUGAGCCUCUGGAGGGAAAUGGACGCCGUAAGUGCUCAGAAAACAACUUGACUGAGAAGGCCCAGGCGUCACCCGCGAGCUCCUGCUUGGGAGGCCGUGCCGCGCCCAGAGCACACAGCCAGGCCAGACAUGCCCUGCAUCUUGGGCAUCCUGAUCCCGAUGCAGCAGUGCCCCCUGAGCCAGCCCGGGCCUGCUCCCUCCUGCUGCAGAAGUCGACUGCAGAAGCGCUGAAAGAAGCACGACUCUCCAGCUCUCCAGGUUUGCCCAGGCCGCUGAUGUCUGGAAACUGGAUGCCCGACGGGAAGUCUUCAGGUAUUCCACCAAGGAGCGCUGCCCCUCCCAGAGCUGCUCACAACAGGCCCUGCAAAAGGAAAAUGUCGAUUCCACUGCUGCUGCCGCUGCCCCCUUCACUGCCAUUGCUGUGGGAUCGAGGUGAGCUUCCCCCACCUGCUAAGCUCCCCUGCCUGUCUGUUGAGGGAGACCUGGGCACCUUGGAGAAGAGCCCCGGAUGUAAAAGGAAUAGCAGAAUCUUGGAGGAUGAAACAGAGGCCAUGACAGACAGCAGCGUCACCCAGCCUGCCCCUUCUUUCUCCCCACCAGUGGAGACUACAGACUCCUUGCCCCUGGCCACUUUCACUUCGCAGGUCCCAGCUCCUUCACCCAUCCGUGACUUGGCUGACCUGGCUACAAGACCCCCCAUCCUUCCUGUCCCUCCUCUUUCCACCACACGAAAAAUGGAUCAGAAAAUAACAUUCACAAUCCCUAACUCUCCUCUGGCUCCUCCUGCUGACCUUGUUCCCAUUUUGGGGUAUCAGUCUAAUGAGAAAGGAGGCUCUUGUCAUUCAGUCGUAGGUGCAGCACCUCCCGCUUCUAACCCCCCAACACCUCCUAGCCCCACACGCUUGUCCCUCAAGCCUCCCUUCAGAUGGGAGUCCCCAGUACCUAUCCCUGUAGAUUUCCCUCCUCCUCUUUCCUUCCCAACUCCUCUUCCAGUCCCUUCUGCCACGACCUCAGUUAUCACCAGCAAGCCUAUGAAUUCCACAUCAGUCAUUUCCACUAUCACAGAAAACACAUCUGCCCGCUUAAUCUUACAGACUACAGUAGACCAUGAAGCAGUUAACAUGGAUACUACCACCCCUUCCCAGGCUGUUUUCAUAUCUUCUCCAAGCUCCAGGGCGAGCUCUCUCCCAAUUUCCCAAAUACACUGCAGCACAGAGCAGAGGCAUCCAGGAAAGACGUCAGUCUACACAUCUCCCCUUACGUUUAUAUUCCACAACACCACUCCAAGUUUUAACCAACUCUUUAGCAAAGAAGGCAUCUCUCAACCCAAAUCUGGGGCUCUUGAUGGUCAGCAGCAGAAAGCUGCUUUCCCCAGUGCCUGUGUUUUUCCAAGCCUUCCUAUCAUUGCUCCACCAGACAACUCCACUUUAGUGAAUAGUGCCUCUGCACCAUCAUUAUCCACGCCUGCUAUUGACACCAAUGCUAUGAAUACCACUCCUUCUUCCAAGGCUGCCACCUUGCAGUCUGCCUCUGUCUCCAGGAAGAAGUGCCUCCCAUUUUACAUGGGGCUUCCUGGUUCUGAGAACACACGGCCCAAUGGCAACAUUGCCUCAGCCCAAGGCUCCACCAGCUUGCCUGCACAGUCAUUCAGAGGACCAACUGCAACUUCCAACUAUCCUUUAAAUCCAGGAGCCACUGCUCAGCCCAGAUUUGGGGCCCCCGAGGGGCAGCAGCAGAAAGCCUCUCUCCCCAGUGCCCAAGUUUUUCCGAGCCUUCCCAUCAUGGUUCCUCCAGACACCUCCACUUUAGUGAGCAGUGCCUCUGCAGCAUCGUCAUCCAAGCCUGCCAUUGACACCAAUGCUAUAAAUACUACCCCUCCUUCCAAAACUGUCAUCUUGCAGUCUACUUUUGUCUCCAGGAAGGAGUACAUCCGAUUUUAUGUUGGGCUUUCUGGUUCUGAAAACACACUACCCAGUGACAGCAAUGCCUCAGUCCACGUCUCCACCAGUUUGCCUACACAUGCAGACAGGAGACCAGCCACAAAUUCCAGCCAUCCUUUAAAUACAGGAGCCAUCUCUCAUUCCACACUUGGGGCCACUGAUGAGCAGCAAAAAUCUGACAGUUCUUUUAUUCUGGGGAAUCUGGCAACCCCAGCACCAGUUACAGGCUUACCAUCUCCUUCUGCAGAGUUAACAUCGCCAUAUUCUGCAUUUGGCACACCUAUAAAUGGCCAGCCAGCCAAGGGUCACAACGCAAGUGCUUUCCCCCAUGGCAUAGCAAAGACUUCUGAAUUUAGAGUUGCCACUGAGAUGCCUGUCACUGGGGACAGUACCUCACUGGUUGGAAAUACUAUUCUAGGCCCACAGGUGAUUAUGGGACCUGGAACCCCCAUGGAUGGUGGGAGCAUUGGGUUCAGCAUGUCUCUCCCAGGUCCCAGUUGCACAUCAGGAGAACUCAACACUGGACAACGACAAAAUGGGAUACCCAGCACCACUUCUGUUCCCCCAUUUGGUCAGUUUACCCGGGACUCAGCUGGCCGCAGCAUGGCUGCUGCACCGCAAGGCACUAGCAACAUUCCUGUAUAUCCUUCUGCUGCCACCUACAUUCCCGGCUUUGAGCCACCUACCCAGCAUUCAGGCAGUAGUAUGAGAGGCGAUGGCACCAAACCCAUGGUUGGAGGAUCUUGUGUUCCUGCUUUUCAACAGUGCAUCCUGCAUACAUGGACAGAGAAAAAGGUCUACACUUCAAGCACCUACCACUAUGGACAACAAACAUAUAUUAGGAGACAUGUCUGUUUCCAACUUCCGUAA